UACCAAGGAGAACGCAGACAGUUGUGCUGUCGACCUACAUGUAGCUCUACAGAGAGACCUUGAAAAAGCGACGUUUCCAGCCAAGACGAACCACAUCCAAAAGGCUAAACAGGGAGGUGUAAUUCAUAAAAACCACCAAGAAGAGGCCCGGAGGAGGUUGUAAAAGCAGAAGUCAAGUGUCCAGACAUGCCCAGAGGCCUUAGCUGCCUGGCGAGCCCUGAGGGGUUGGACGACAGGUAUGAGACCCCCCCGGCUUCAGAGCUCCAGAGGCUGAUGUGGACAAAGACAGGGACCAGCAACCAUCUGGAUGAAGUUCAGCCCAGGAUCUAUAUUGGAGACAUGUACGCAGCCAAAGACAAGAGGACACUCCAGGCUCACCACAUCACCCAUGUACUUAACGCUGCUGAUGGGAAGUUCAACGUGAACACGGGGCAAAGCUUCUACAGAGACACCAAAAUCACUUAUCAUGGAGUGGAAGCUUUUGACAUGCCAUCCUUUAACUUGAGUCCCUUCUUUUACCCAGCAGCCAAUUUCAUCAAGAAGGCUUUGAGCUCGCCCACAGGUAAAGUGUUCGUCCACUGUGCGAUGGGUCUCAGUCGCUCGUCCACGUUGGUCCUGGCCUAUCUGAUGAUUCACGAGAACAUGACGCUGGUGGAUGCAAUUAAGGCUGUCAGCGCCAACAGAAACAUCUCACCUAACGCCGGCUUCCUGGAGCAGCUCAGGGAGCUGGACAAACAGUUGCACUUCCAAGGAUCAUCGAGGAGCUGCAGCGCCAACGGGCGGACUUGAGAUAAAAUCAGGUCAUAAUCGUGGAUUACCAUGUUGCCAGUGUUUGACUUCCAAGUUGCUAUUUUUUUCUGAAAAAAUGUAAGUACCCUAUACUACAUAAAAAGAUAAGCCUGUAACUUCAUCGUUUUAUUGUUAUAAACAAAUAUCAUUGAAAGACCAAAACCAAUAUUGAAUUUAUUCUAGUAACAAGUACUGUCUGUCUAGACACAAUCAGGAACUAAUAAAAAAAACCCAUGGAGGUUCA